AUGGAGAAAAGUGACCGGACAUUCGGCAUCCCCACCCAGGCGUUCACGUACAAACUGGCGGAGAGACGCCUCGGGGUCACCUACAACUCGGUGACGACCGUGGACGCCGGAAGCUUCUACAACCUGAAGGGCCUGCGCGAGCUCCGGCUCGACGGGAACGUGCUGUCGCUCUUCCCCUGGGAGUCGCUGCGGAGAGCCUGCGCGACGCUGGACCUGCACAACCGCUCCCUCGUCCCCGGGAGUCCGCCUGGACCUGCGCACUCACACCUGGACCUCUCCAGCAACAAGCUGACCACCCUGCCCUCCGACCUCAUGGACAUAUGGCCCCCCUUCUCCGGGGCGGUCCGGAGCGCCAGCUACUCGCAGAGGGUGGUGCUGGGACUAUGCGUUCAGGACAACCCCUGGUUCUGCGACUGUCGGAUCUCCAAGCUGAUGGAGCUGUCCAAGAUGGCGGAGCCGUCGGUGGUGCUCCUGGACCAGCUGCUGGUCUGCAGCGGGCCGGAGAACCUCGCGGGCGUGCCCUUCCAGCUGGCCGAGCUGGACCAGUGCCUCAAGCCCACGGUCAUGACCUCCGCCACCAAGGUCACCUCCGACCUGGGCAGCAACGUCCUGCUGCGCUGCGACGCCACCGGCUACCCCACCCCCACCCUCGCCUGGACCAAGAUCGACGGCCCGCCCAUCAACGGCACAGUGGUGGAGGAGACCCCUGGAGAGGGCAGGCGGUGGUCCAUCAUCAGUCUUAACGGGGUCCUGUUCCGAGACGCGGGGCGGUACCGCUGCAAAGCCAAAAACGUGGCGGGCACAUCCGAGGCGUCCAUCACCCUGUUGGUCAUGGGCUUGGGCUCCACCACCCCGCCCCAGCUGAAGGAAUCCAGCCAAUCCGCCGCGGCCAGCCAGUCGUCAACCGACUCCGUCCUGGUGACCGCCGUCGCCACGGCAACGGCAACGGCAACGGCGACCGCGCCGCCCCCCAGCACGGCGACGCCGGCGGCGGCCACCCCCACCCCCACCCUGCCACCGGUCCCCACCAAGCAGGGCCAGCAGGGGGUGCCGACGGGCCGGCCACAACCGAGCCGCACGGGCCGGAGGCCGGUGGCGGCAGACAGCGGGAGGAACGCCACGGCGGAGGGACCCGCCAAGGCCGCCAUCCGGGGCAUCCGGGCGACGGAGGCGACGGCGGAGAGCGUGGCGCUGCUGUGGGCCGCGGACAAGGCGUGGGGCGACGCCCAGCUGACCGUGGUGUACUCCCCCUACCAGGAGAAGGACAAGCAGACGGCCACCGCCCCGGCUGCCUCCGGGAGGCUGGUCCUCACCGGGCUGAAGUCCGGGAGGAAGUACAUGGCCUGCCUGAUCGCCAGAGGGGGGCAGUCGCGCAAGGACCAGUGCGUCACCUUCUCCACCUUGGAAGGGGAGGAGCGGCCCAAUGUGGCGCUCCUGGUCAUCAGCGGCCUGGCCUGCACCCUGGUCUUGCCCCUCAUUGGCUUCCUGCUGUACAAGAUCAUCUGCCUCUGCUGCCAGAAGGGCGGCAGCCCCGCCAACCACGACCAGGACACCUACGUCAAAUUCGAGACUCUGUCUCUGAAGCAGAGGACCAUGGGAAAUGCGGGCAAUGACCUGUGGACGCGGAGGCAGACUCAGGAGUCGGAGAGAAUGCUGCUGUUCUCCAGGUCCAGCAUUGACUCCCAGAUGACCUACAAGAGCGACAGCUCCAGGUCUGAGUACCUGUGUUAGCUCUUAACAGACUGCCUCAGGUGUGAAUACCUGUGCUAGCUCUGAGCGAUGGCUUCAGGUCUGAGUACCUGUAUUAGCUCUGAGCUUUGGUUCCAGGUCUCUGAGACACAGCUGAGUACCUGUGUUAGCUCAUAACAGACUGCUCCAGGUCAGUGUACCUGUGCUAGCUCUGAGUGGUGGUUUCAGGUCUGAGUACCUGUGUUAGCUCUCAGUGAUGGUUCCAGGUCUCUGAGACACAGCUUCAGGUGUGAAUACCUGUGUUAACUCUGAGCGAUGUUUCUAGGUCUGAGCACCUGUGUUAGCUCUCAGUGAUGGUUCCAGGUCUGAGCACCUGUGUUAGCUCUGAGCGAUGGUUCCAGGUCUCUGACACACAGCUCCAGGUCUGAGUACCUGUGUUAGCUCUGAGUGACAUUUCCUGGUGUGAGUACCUGUGAGACACAGCUCCAGGUGUGAGUACCUGUGAGACACAGCUCCAGGUGUGGGUACGUGUGUUAGCUCAGAGAGACAGAUUCAGGUCCCAAUCUCAGCUACAGCUCUUCUAAAGUACUUGCCAGUCGGGAGGGGCAUUGUAAGGGUUUGGGUUUUUGGUUUAAGUGUCUCGUUUCCAGUACACUGGAGUCAUAAUUAUUCUGUUGCUCAGGGUAACUUAACUGGCCAUGAGAAAUUCAUGAUUAAGGACUGUUCAUUUUUCUAUUCAACCACUUUUAUCAUUCAAGCAUAUUAUUGCCUUAUUAUUAUUAUUCGUAGUAGUAGUAGAAGUCACUUUUAUUUAAAAUCAAUUUAUGGAUUAUUUUGCAAGUAACAGAAAUGUGUAUACCUAAUAAUAAUUCAAUUCAAAUGUUUCAAUUUCAGUGACAAUUUCGCAGUGACACUGUUAAAUAUACAAAACCUCGAAUAUUACCGUAUAUACCAUAUGACGACACAUGGGCUUUGUGAUACAGUUGUACAAUGAUGUUCAUGCUGAUAAUGCUGAUGCUGGUGGUUUUGCGUGACCCUCCCAGUUACUGUGAGAUGCUGAUAAUAGCAUGACCUCCUCUCCUUUCCGGGAGGUGGAGAGAUGAUUUGUCGACAGGGUUGACUGCACUGUUCUAAGUGCCACUGUUUUGCUGUGAUGUAUAAAUUCCAGUUUUUUUUUUUUACUGACUGUGUUUCUUCUGCCUUCCGAUUGGCUGUUCUUCAUUUAGAUUUUGAUCCACGAGUUACUCAAACUCAAUCACAAAGAAAAACAAUUUAAUUUUCAUUAAAACAAACGUAGAGUGGUGCAAAUUUCAAAGCCUAGCCAAACAUAUUCAUUCACAGAUGUGGUUAGAUCAGAUUCACAAAUUUAGGUUGGAUUGAUGUUUUUAUUAUUUUAUAGUGUAUUAGUUUAAUAUUUUCUGUGAUAUCAUUAAUCACUUCAUUGCGUGUUGAAUGGAUUUUGUUUAUGUGUAAAUGUGCGAGACACGGAUUUAUAAUGCUCAUUAAACCUUUCUUUUUCAUAAACUAUAA